AUGCUACCCAGCGUGGACGAGAGUCAUGGGUACGACUUCAAGGCCCCGGAGAAUGCGGAAAAGUGGCGCGGUAUAUUCGUCAAUUCGCUUCGAAAGGUCCUGGACACAGUGCACCCAUCGCUGUCUGCGGAGGAGACAGCGCUGCGGUACGUCGAGUCGCUUUGUCUGAAGUUGCUUGCUGGCCUGUGUGCUGUCCCAUCACCACUCACUGUACAGGAUGUUGAAGAGCGCGUGGCCCGAACAUUCCCCACCCCGCUGGACCGAUGGGCGUUGAACGACGCGCGAGAUGCCGUGGCCCAGCGCCGUCGCCGGGUCUGUCUCCUUCCAGCUGACAAAGUCCAUCACAUGCUGCAAAAGGAAGUGCUCCUGUACAAAAUCGACAUGUCCGUGUCGGUGUUCAUGACGGCCAUUCUCGAAUACGUGAGCUCCGACAUCUUCAAGCUGGCCGGCAACUUCGUCAAGAAGAUCUCGAGCGGUUACGAGAUGAUCACCUGCCGUGACAUUAAGACGGCCAUGUGCGCUGAUAAGGUGUUAAUGGACAUGUUCUACCAGGACACAGAUCUAGGUCUCUCCGAUAUAAAUACAGCGGUGGCAGCGCGAAGACGGGGCUCCCUUACGUACACAGAGCUGGUUCGGGAUCUGUUGACGGACGAGAAGCACUUCCUCCGAGAGCUGAACUUAAUUAUCAGGGUUUUUAAGGACGAACUGGAGAAGAUACUCGAGAAGGAUAGUAGGGCCAUAUCUCUGAUCUUCGGCAACAUAGUGGGCAUCUACGAGCUGACGGUGACUCUCCUGGGAAACCUAGAGGAUGCCUGCGAAAUGUCCCAGGACUCUCCAACACCCUACAUCGGCAGUUGUUUCGAAG